UAUCUAGUGCCCUACAUGGUGCCCUAUCUAGGGCGCAGGGGACCAAUCGAGGCUGUUUACGCCAGAACGCGGCGUGGAGAGCCAGCGCGCAUGCGCAUCUCAGGCAGCCGGCGUCGGCCCCUUCCCGGCCCCCGUCCGUUCGCCCGCCGCGUUUCCAGCUCAAUGGCGAACGAGCAGCAGUGGGACGGAGUGGAGCAGCACGGAGGAGCAGGACCAGAGGAGAAGGGAGGCAGUGUGAAAAGUAACACUGUCUCUUCCAGUACCGGCCCUGGGGGAGGCCUGGGGAAGCGCCCGGCCAGCAGCAGCAGCAGCAGCAGGACAGAGGAUGAGUGCAAAAAACAGCAUGUGCCCUUCAAACUGGCCAAACCGGGCUUUAGUGCAGCCAGCCAGUCUCUGAAGAAGUCCCCAAUUUCCAUCAAGCUGGGAGCUAGUAAACCUAAGGAAGCUGCACCUGCCGUACCGGUCAAAAAACCUGCAUCGGUUUUCGACGACGACGACAGUGAACCAGAGGAGAUGCCUCCAGAAGCUAAGAUGAGGAUGAAAAACAUCGGAAGGGACACGCCCACUUCAGCUGGCCCCAAUUCCUUCAACAAAGGCAAGCAGGGAUUCUCCGACCAUCAGAAACUCUGGGAAAGGAAGCUUAAAAGCCUGACAGACAAGUAGCUGCUCGGCGUUACGGCUUAUGGUAGAGGUUUUUUUGUUUGUUUUUUUUGCUUUGAAAUCUGUCAAUUUGUCUCUUUUGUUUUCGAUGAACUUUGUAAAAAUGUACAUAUAUGAUGGGAUGUUUCCACUAUAAAGCGUCUUUUUAUUGUAGGUAUGAUUGUGAUUUUUACCACGCUGUUGUGGCUUCAAGAACGCCUUCCUUUGCAAACUGAAAAUCUAUAUAGAUGAACAUUCAGCAUCCUCUAGAUUCAUAACUUGCUUGUCCAUGUAUAGCUCUUGGUGAAAAUCAGCCAAGCGUGCCACCCCCCCCUCAUCCCCCCCAACCCAACCCAUAAGUGUAGUUAAUAAAUUACUGUUUAAUUACUAUAGAGGUUAUUAUUAGAAAAGAAUAAUGAAGUAUAGAGUUUAUGGGGAUUGCUGCUGAGUACAGUAUAUGGCAUCAGAGAUAUAAGAAAGGUUUACAGGACAUGAUCCUGUGCUCUCCAUAUUGUGAUUCGUUUUUGGUUUUCUUUUGGAAAGAGCAUUAAAACUGAUUGAAGAGACAA